AUGAACUGCGCCGAAAUUCCUGCAUCCAAUUGCGAUUUGGAUUCCAGAAUGGAUUCGGUGGCCGGAAUUCCAGCUUCAGACUGUGAACUUGGGGAGGCUGCAGGAUGUCUCGGGUUUCUGGUUCUUGUGCAUUUGACUCAACCGAUCUGGACGAUUACUGCUUGGCUUCGGCCAAUCGAGAGCUAUGGAGAUGCAAAGCUAAUCCUCAUUGAAGUUCACGGGACCUUCGAAGAGUUGCUCAUAAAAUAUCAGUGGCUCCCUGGCAUGAGCCAACAGGCUGGUAAUUUGGCGAUCUAA